AUUCAGCAACAUUGUUGUUAACGAUACGAGGAGAGAGAAAAGAAAACCAUUGGUAGGAGCCAUUUUUAAGAGAUGAAGGAGAAAACGAGAAGGGGAAAGCAUCAAAACAAAUAGGCAAUUAUAAUGAGUUAACGGAGAAUUUCGUGAUGCUCACGGUUUUUUUUUUCUCUUCCGAUCCAUGAUUCUCGGGAGAAACGGUUCUGAAAAUAAAAGCUCAUAACAGCUGCUGACCGAUGGUGUGAAACGGGAUAGGCUCUACUGCCCAGCACAAUAUACAGACCUAAUAAUAUCCCCUUGAUUGAAUUUUGAUACCAUAAAGUCGAGACCCCUAGCGAUAUCUUUCCGUCCAUGAAACAGGAAUGAAAAGAGAUUAUAUCAAAACGAAAGAAAGAGAAAAUGAAGAAGCAAAGAGGGACAGCACACAUAGACUAGAAAUACAAAAAGAGAAAAGGAAAGUUACGGCUCUAACCUAAAUAAGACACCAUCCGGUGACCGUCCAGAUUAUGAUCGGUUCACUCUAUAGAUUUUAUGCAGGACACAAGGUUGUGAAGUUUUCAAUGUUUGUUUUUUUGACACAAAAAGCGGACGCGGGAUCAUAGUGGUACUUCCCAGCUGCUACUGAAGGUCAAGAAAUGAAGCCAACUCUUUCUUCUUUUAAUUUAUUUAAUCUCUUUCUCUCUCUUGUCCUAGUAUGUUCAAUUUAUUCUAAAGUGAGAUAGAAAAAAAAGUACCUGAAAAUUUCAGUAGAAGGAAAAAAAAACAGAUGUAGUAUAGAAUAGAAAGCUAGGUCGAUCCCGAAUCGCGAGUGGUAAAUGCGUUUGUUUCCCAUCAACCAAAGAGGUGGUUUGUCUUUGGCAUUAAUGAAGGCAGAAAGUUGGUGAAAGAAAGCUCUUUCUUCCUAGGACAACAGACCUCAUCACCGUACACCUUGUGUCGUACUAUUAUUUCGCCCGAGGGGAAAAUGAAACGAUCUAGAAGAUGAAAGUCUAGAAAUCGAUAUGAUAUAUGGGUUAGAUUUCUGCCUUCAUUCUGUCACAAGUAAUAUGUGCAAUGUGACUGAAAUUCUUAACCAAGUCAUUUCUCAUAUUGAUUUCUUGUAUUUUGCAAUUAUUCUGAUUUUGCCACCUUUGCGGAAGACCAAAUUGUCUUUCCCUUUUUUCAAUGAAGGUGUUUUUACGACAUAUAUGCAAUCAAAUCUUUAAUCGACUGUGUUUAUAUUUCAUAAAAGAAUUAUAACAACUAUCAUUUUCAGGGAAUUUGAGGGAAAGUAAAAGCAAAGGGAAAUUGAGUUUCUUCCACCCAUUAGAUUUGGCUGGUAGCUUUAAUACCCGCCCGUCUGCUGUUAUAUUUCCCUGGAAGCUGUUUGCCUACUUUAUACAAAUGAUGAUUGGAAAUAUAUUUAUUGUUGCGUCUAUAAUUUACAUAUCGCGAUAGCACAAUUCGGGGUAAAGCCUCGAGUUUUGUUUAAAAAUCGAUUUAAAGUUGACCCAAAAAACACCUGCCCGUAUUCCUUCUUUACCUGCUUGCAUAUCUGAUGCAGCCCAUUGUUUUUGUUUUUUCCUUGCCUCAUCUGCUGCUGGUCGCAGACAACGAAUUUUCCCGAGUAUAGUGCGCCGGCGACGUUCAGAAGGUGAAAGUUUCUUGCCCACUCAUUCGUUUUCCCUCUUGAAGGCAUGAAAAAGAAAACCAACGCAGCCGACCUCCUCUUCUCUCGUGUUGGAAGUGAAACCCUCCCUCCCUCCGAAAAACACACACCCAACAGCAGGGCCUUGAGUUAGAGAUUGUUGUUGAAAAUAAGGUGGUGUUCUUUUUUUCUGUUGUAUAUUCUUCUUUCUCCUCUUCAUUCGCCUUCUCUCUUUCUCGACUGCGGUACUUCUUUAUAAAGUGGGGGGUUUCCAUCUGAGUUUGAUCAGUCGAGCUCAGUAGCGACUACGGGAAAGAUCGAAUAGUUUGUCCGCUCUCGCCAACCCCAGACACUCUCCAAUUGUGUGUUUCGGAUGAUUCGGCGUGAAAGCCAAUAGUGACCUCCAACAUUGUUUUCGACCCAUCCCUCCCUAUUGAGUGCAUUUGUACGUUCGUCCACAGCCAAAUAGAAGAAUGAACAUCCUGCGGAUUUCUCCCUUGACGGCCGUGCUGGCUCUCAUUUGUGCCCUACUCAUCCUCUCUGACCUGGAUACGACUAGGGCCCAGUUGACGAGCCAGUCCGAAUCCGAGCUCUACAGUGGAACUGUCGUCUUUCCGGAGGAUGACGAUGAAAUUGUCGGCGAAUCCGCUCCUCCACUGGCCUUUCGUCCUCCGCCGAACAACCGUCGAGGGCCUCCAAAUGGACAGCAAAACAGUCGGUUUCCUCAUCCGGUCGACACCUUCCUGAAACCAUUCGAGCCUUUAUUCAACGGUGUUGUGCCAAAUUUCUUCAAUAAUCAAGAGCCCAAUUUCAACAUCCAUCAUCAUUAUAAUCAGCACGGAGGCAAUUUUCAUAAUCAGGGCCCACCUCCUCUUCUUCCGCCACAGCAGAUCCCUUCUCAUUUGAAUUUCCCCGGGCCACCCGUCAAAAGGCCCCCAAAGAAUUCAAUCAAGUUUCCAUCAGAUCUACCUCCUGGCAAUCAUGCUCCGACGACGACGACGACUACUACUACCACGACUUCCGUGACGACGCGACGACCGACGCUGUUGAACGGUCCGUCUUUGGUCUUUUUCCGACCACCGUCUUUCAACCUGUUGUUGAGACCGACUCGACCCAGUUCAAGCAGCCCGUCCACCCAAUACACCAGACCCAGUGAAUGCGGACUGACCUACACUCGUAUGAAUCGAAUCGUCGGUGGUCACGAUACAAGCUUCGGAAAAGUUCCAUGGCAGGCGUCGAUCGUCAAGACCAGUUAUCUCUCCAGGAGGGUCUCGUGUGGUGGUGCUCUCAUCAACAACCGCUGGGUGAUAACAGCUGCUCACUGCGUACACAGUACGGCCACGUCGGGGAUUCGAGUUCGACUGGGCGAAUGGAACAUGAAAGACACCAACGAGCCUCAACCUCAUGAGGACUACGAUAUCGAUCGCAAAGAGGUUCAUCCAAACUACAAUCCGGCUGACUUCCAGAACGAUAUCGCCUUAUUGAAACUUAAACGCGACGUAGUCUACAAGGAGCACAUCAUUCCUGUGUGUCUACCACCCGCAAACUCCAACUACGUCGGACAAACCGGAACCGUUACAGGAUGGGGUCGCACAACUCACGGUGGAGCGACAGUGCCGGACGUCUUGCAAGCAGUCGACGUCCGCGUUAUUGACAACGGUGAUUGCCAGAAAUGGUAUAAAGAUGCAGGCCGGCGGGAGACUAUCUAUAAUGUCUUUACCUGUGCUGGUUACAAGGAGGGCGGUCGUGACUCUUGCCAAGGUGAUUCCGGAGGACCAUUGACGAUUGAUAAGGAUGGUCGAUCUACCCUGAUUGGUCUGGUCUCGUGGGGCAUCGGGUGCGCUCGGGAGUCACUGCCGGGAGUAUAUACCAACAUUCCCCAUUUUGUUGACUGGAUCCAGCAAAACAUUCGCUAGUCAAUUUCAUCACCACAAGCACAAACUUCAUCGAAUAACAGUUCGCCCAAGACGAAAAAUAAUUCCAUCUAAUGUUUAAAAACAAAUAAUUCCAUUUAUUAUUAGUGUUGUCUUGAUUAUUUUAUUCUUGUUUAUUUUCAAUUAUUUACGCUCCCGACGAUAGUUAACGGACAGGAUUCCGUGACACACUGUAAAUAGUUCAAUCACCUGCGAAUUGAUUCAGCGCACCCUUUCCCCAAUGAAUCAUAGCCUCGAGAAUGUCCCGAUCCCUCCAGUGCCGCCUUUCAUCAUGCAGUGCAAUCGUGCCUUCUUUGUCUCCUAUUUUCUUUCCCCUUAUACCGAAAUCUCGUACAUCGUCGAAACAAAUCUUUUCUGUUGUGCAUCCAUAACAUUUUGUGCGUGUCUGUGUGUGUGCAUAAGAGGCAACUCAUUUUCCAAAAUAAUACCAUAUUUCUGAAUGCUGCUGUUAAGGCAAACGAAUAAAUGGGGAAAAAAAGACGUCUUGGCAAAUACACAUAUCAUCACGUCA